AUGGAAGAGGAAAAUCUCAAUGCCACGGUGACUUAUUUCAUUUUAUCUGGUUUUUCAUAUAACAUUCCAGUCCAGAUCUUUCUUUUUUGUGUGUUUUCACUCAUUUAUGUAAUAACAUUAAUGGGGAAUAUUGCCAUCAUAAUGGUAAUAAGGAACUGUAGUCAUCUUCAAAAUCCCAUGUACUUUUUCCUGAGUCACCUUUCUUUUCUGGAUAUUUGCUAUUCCUCAGUCACAGUCCCUAAAGUUCUCCUCAAUUUCUUCAAUGGUCAAACCAUUUCCUAUAAUAAGUGCAUUACUCAGAUGUUUUUCAUCCUUCUAACAGGUGGUGCAGAAGUAUUUAUUCUUACAGCAAUGGCUUAUGACCGAUACAUUGCCAUACAUGAUCCACUUCAUUAUAUAGAAACAAUGAAUGUAUUAUUUUGUAAACAGUUAGUGGGAAGUGCUUGGACAACUGGAUUAUUAUAUGCUAUUGCAAAUACCGUGCCUGUACUGAAGCUAGUAUUCUGUGGUCCAAAUAUUAUCAGACAUUUCUCUUGUGAAUUUCCAUCUCUUCUUGCCUUGUCUUGCACUGAAACCACAGCAAGUAAAAUAAUGUUCUAUGUUACUGGUGGCAUAGUUGGGAUGUUCACAUUUUCACUUACUCUAGUGUCCUAUAUCAAUAUUUUCAUCACAAUCCUGAAGAUGAAUUCAGCAGAAGCUAGGAAGAAAACCUUUUCCACCUGCAGUUCUCAUCUCAUUGUGGUGGCUUUAUUCUAUGUGACUGGCUACUUUCGGUAUCUGAGACCCAAUUCAAUCUCUUCAGUUGUUAUGGAUGAACUCUCCUCUGUACAAUAUAGCAUUUCUACACCCAUGUUAAACCCAAUCAUAUACAGUCUUAAGACUAAAGAAGUAAGGGAAGCUAUUAAGCAAUUCCUGAUUAUUAAGCAAAUAAACCAAUGA